UGCACAAAGUUGGACAGAGGAACCUGUUGUUUGAACUUGGAGUGGAAAAUAUCUUUGAAAAGAAGCCGGACAGAGAUGGAGCAAACCGAGGUGGUGAAGCCAGAAACUCUGGACGACCUGAUUAAAAUCCUGCACCACAUCUUCGAGAGUGACUGCAUCAAUGUUGAGGAGGUGCAGGAUAUAAUGGAAGCCUAUGAGAGCAAUCCGCAGGAAUGGAUGAAAUAUGCUAAGUUUGAUCAGUACAGGUACACGAGGAACUUGGUGGAUGAGGGAAAUGGGAAGUUCAAUCUCAUGAUCUUGUGCUGGGGAGAGGGGCAUGGCAGUAGCAUCCACGACCACACAAACUCACACUGUUUCAUGAAGAUGCUGCAGGGUCAGCUGAAGGAGACGUUGUUCGAAUGGCCUGACAGUAAAUCACAUGGAGACAUGGUGCAGAAGUCACAGAGGAUUCUCCAAGAAAACAAGGUUGCUUACAUAAAUGACUCCCUGGGCCUGCAUCGUGUGGAAAAUGUCAGCCACACAGAGUGUGCAGUCAGUUUGCACCUGUACAGCCCUCCUUUCCAGUGCUGCCAGACCUUUGACCAGAGGACAGGCCACAGGAACACGGUCAAGAUGACCUUCUGGAGCAAAUAUGGAGAGAGGACUCCAUUUGAAACCACAAUUUCACAAGAGAACAACUAAUGGUGACCAAAGGAGGAUGAUGAAGACAGUUGCAUUUAAAGUGACAAUGUUGUAAAAAUGAUUCAAGGGAAACUGCUGGGGGAAGCGAAAUGUGGACCUACUAUGACUAAGCACCCAUUUAAAAAAAUCAGGACCGGGCCGGUUCAAAAGGACAACCCAGUAAUUAGAAUGGCUUUACCGCUGCCCAGUGCGAGCUUGGCAAAUACUGAUGAGCGCAGGACGAAUGCAUGAAUAGGCUUGGACAUGGAUUGAAUCUGCCUUUUGUUUGCCGGGCCUGAGGAGACCCUUUUCCAAUAACAACAUUCCUGUCUCUCCACGACCUGCGUAUCCACACUUUUGUGGAGUUAAGGCCCAUAGUCAAAGAGAAGAGCUUAAGCAUUUAUAAAAAGGGAGGGGGGGUAUUGCUCUUAGAGUGUUUCUCUUAAAUUUUGUAUCAGAAGAAAAGACAGUUCUGAAAUCAACAGUUUUGUUCUCAAUGGCGCACUUUUAUAGUUGUAUUUACUGUCGAUUUAUACCACUCAAAAUUGUCUUAACUCCUGUUGAAAAUUGUGAAGGAAUGUAACAAUGUGUGUAUAACCUAAUUAAAAAAGAUAUUUGUUUCAUUUGUGUUGGGAAAAAGAAAUGUAAAGCUUUAGAGUUUUGUUGUUUUUCAAAGUGCGAUGGUUGUAAUUUAUUUGCAGGUUCACAGUGGUAGUGUGUAAAUCAGCGAGCCGCCGUGAUACUCCUUAAUGUUUCAUACACAAGAGAUUCUUGUGGAGGGACUAUUUUUUACUAUAUGCAGACAAUAGAUAAAACUCAAACUCUUUCUCAGGAUUUUGGCAUAUUUUAACUGUAGCUGUAUUUAUGUAGUGUGUAGUUUUUACAGCAGAUCACUUCUCAUAGCACUGUUAAAAGCAUGCAUGCUUUCUGUGAUGCAGUAUAUGAGAAACCUGGCCAUAACUCUACACCAUUAAACACUAUUCCACUAAA